AUGUCUGGAUCUCCGUCAAUACCUUCGCCGUCGAUGCCUUUGGCUACUGGUCGCAGUGGUGGUCCAUCUACCCACAACCGUCGGCAUUCGCGCGGACAAACCACCCACAUCAACAUCACCACCGCUACCGAUUCCACUACUCAUGACUCUACGGAAGAAGCUGACCUCUCCCUUCCAACCGAUAGCCCAACCAGCGCAAAUUCCAACUCCAACCUCGUCAACGACCGAGUCUACUUCCCCUACCAACCCAAGUCCCUAGCUGGCAUCGCCACGCGCUCCUUUUGCCUCGGUAUCGCCUUGACCAUCGGCGUCGGCGCAACCGGCGCAACCCUUCUAUAUACAUCGAGCCCGCUCUGGCGCCUGCCCUUCUUUCUCGCCGCCCUCGCGACCUUCCACUUCCUCGAGUUCUGGACCACAGCCGCCUACAACACACGCGCCGCCGAUGUCAAGUCCUUCCUGCUGACGGCCAACUGGCCCGGCUACGCCAUCGCGCACGGCUUCGCGACCCUCGAAUGUCUGUUGACCAACAUCUUGUGGCCGAACCGCGCGUGGGCGCCGUUCGGCACCGGCGCGCUGCUGUGUCUGGCUGGUUUGGCUCUGACAGUCAUCGGCCAGGUGGUGCGCAGUGUGGCCAUGGUGCAGGCAGGACCGAGCUUCAACCACUUGGUGCAGCGCCAGCGUAGCUCGGCGCAUGUGCUGGUGACGUCGGGGAUAUAUGGGAAAUUCAGACACCCGAGUUACUUUGGGUUCUUUUGGUGGGCGUUGGGGACGCAGAUGGCUAUGGGCAAUGCCGUUAGCUUCGUGGCUUAUGCGGCGGUGCUGUGGAAGUUCUUUAGUUCGAGAAUCAGGCAUGAGGAGGAGUUCUUGAUUAAGUUCUUUGGGCAAGAGUAUGUGGAUUAUCGGAGGAGGGUGGGAACCAAGAUUCCAUUUGUUCCCUGA